AACUCUGUUUUAUCUUCAUGGGAGGUAAUCCAUUUGUUUACGUCCUGCGUUCGUUUCGUCAUUUGACACAGAUGUUCAUUCUUAAAACCCAUAAGUAAAGUUAUAUUCAAGACUAUGGAUGACCCCUGGGGCGAUGAUGACGACGAUGGCAUACUGGCACAAGCAGUAGAUAAAGUGGAGGAAGUUUUCUUUGCUGAAGACGACGACGAUGACUGGCUCUUGUCACAAAGUCUCGCUGAGGUGGAGGAACAGCUCCAGCUCGAUACGUCACAUUCGCACAGCUCCCAGACAGAUCACCAGCGUAGCAACAGGGUGCCACAAACGAACUCAGCAAUAUCAGCAAGGUCAGAGAGUCAUUUCUCAAAGGACACUUAUUAUCUCAAUCCAGAGUAUGAGAAAGGAGCUUUGCAUUUAACAAACAGUCAACAAAGAUCAUCCCAUGAUCUACCUUCGAGCACUAUUACUUCAAUGUAUAAAACUAGUACACCAAAUUCAAAACAACCAUCUCCACCAUCAACAUCAGGGAUGAGAAAAAGUGUGAGCAAUUCAAAUAACAUGCUAACUAAACCUAGUUCAUCCCAUAGUACUACAUCAGACAGUAAGGGCCAACAACAGAAAAAGAUGCAUAAAACUCAAAAGACAUCAGUAUCAGAGACAUUUCCCAAAAGAAGUCAACAGCAUUUUGAGAAAAACAUUUUUGACCAGAAAUGUGGUGUACAUGAUGUAGCUGCAGGUUUAACCAAAGAACCAGACUCGUGUUCAGAGUCUGGGGGUGGUGCAGAAGGUUUAGGGCCUCUGUCCGGGACAUCUGGGAACAGGAACUCCGGCAAGGAUAUGGAGGAGGAGCUGCAGAAGCAAAAGCAGUCUCUGGAGAGGGUGAAGAAUACCUUGGACAGUGAACUGCAGUGCAGUAUCUGUAAUGAGCUGUUUGUACAGGCAACAUCUUUAAACUGUGCCCAUGCCUUCUGUGCCCUGUGUAUCAGUCAGUGGAUGAAGACAAGCAAAAAUUGCCCAAUGUGUAGGACCAACAUCACAUCCAAGAACAGAAGCUUAGUUCUGGAUAGCUUCAUUGAUAAGAUGUGUGAGCAGCUGGGUGAAGAGAUGAGGGAAGACAGGAAAGCUCUUUUAGUAGAGCGCAAAAAUGAACAAGCAAAAUUUGACGAUGCUAAUCCUCCACACCACCAGCCUUCACGAGGACAAACUAGAACUGCAAGUCCACCUCAUACUCGAUAUGAUCGGCCCUGGCAACACCAUGAUGAUACAUCAUCAAUAUCAUCUUUUACGGACUCAGAUUAUUCUGAAGAAUAUUGGUCGUUAAAUAAUAGAAAUUUUGAGAGAGACAGGAGAGACAGUGAUUCAUGGUACUCCACAGACAGUUCAGCCACUGAUUUCAGUGACCAUAGUCCUCGCUCAAGACAACGACGUAGGGAUAUGAGGCAUCGAGAAAGGAGGAGGACGCGUCAGCAUCGACGAGGCAGACACAGCAAUAGUGACAGCUCAAUGAGUACUGGGAGAAGGGAGGAUUGGAGGAGAAGGCGGAGGAGGGAAGAGGAGAGGAGACAACAGACAGAUGAGCAUAGUGAUGAGGACAGUGGUGACUCACAUGAUGAAGAAUCUUUACAUGGGAGAGACAGAAGACGAGGAGGACGAAGAAGAAGAGCUAGAAUAGAAAGUAGCAGUGAAGACAGUGAUUGGGAGAAUGAUAGACAUGCUACAGUUAGACAUACUAGAAGAAGGAAUAGUCAUGACAGAGAAAGGAGCAGAAGUAGAGAAAGGAGCAAUAACAGAAGACAAGGCCAUGCCCAGAGGAGAAUCAUAAGGUCAGAUGAUGAGGAUGUGGACAAUGGAGGCAGAGGUGGGAGAGCAUCCCAUCAACACACUGACAAUGAUGGCAGUUAUCAGUCCACCACUACAGCCUCUAGUCAGGGCUCUACAUCAUCUACAGCGUCAGUUCCAGGGACUAGCAGGGUGAGGCCAACCAGAGCUUCAACCAGCUAUGGUAGAGGUGGACAGCCCAGGAGAACUCAACUGAUCAACCCGAGGCCAGAAUCCAGACGCUCUUUUUAUGGAGGGUAUGGAAAGUGCUAUAAAUGCGGGAGAUCUGGACAUUGGGCAAAUGGGUGUUCAUACAGAUGAGUGAGGAGAGUUGCCAUGGUUGCAGCCUGAUUUGAGGAUCUGAAGUCACACCUGAAGAUGUUCACAGUUCUUCGUGACUUGGAUGCGCCAUGAUAUCUUGAUAUCAGUACAGCUUAUAGUAGCUUAGUUUUUUGUCAUGUCACUCCACGAUGUCACAGAAUAUUCAUAUCAUGCAGUGGUCAUUGUGGCAGAAUAACCAUGUCAUGCAGUGGUCAUUGUAGCAGAAUAACCAUGUCAUGCAGUGCACAUUGUCACAGAAUAAUCAUGGCAUGCAAUGGUCAUUGUGGCAGUAUAAUCAUGGCUUGCUGAGGUCAUUGUGGCAGAAUAACCAUAUCAUGCAGUUCAUAUUGUCACAGAAUAAUUAUGGCAUGCAGUGCAUAUUGUGGCAGUAUAAUCAUGGCUUGCAGAGGUCAUUGUGGCAGAAUAACCAUAUCAUGCAGUGCAUAUUGUCACAGAAUAAUUAUGGCAUGCAGUGCGUAUUGUGGCAGUAUAAUCAUGGCUUGCAGUGGUCAUUGUGGCAGAAUAACCAUAUGCAGUGCACAUUGUCACAGAAUAAUCAUGGCUUGCAGUGGUCAUUGUGGCAGUAUAAUCAUGGCUUGCAGUGGUCAUUGUGGCAGAAUAACCAUAUGCAGUGCACAUUGUUACAGAAUAAUUAUGGCAUGCAGUACAUAUUGUGGCAGUAUAAUCAUGGCUUGCACUAAGUUGCAGAGGUCAUUGUGGCAGAAUAACACCACAUCAUGCAGUGCAUAUUGUGGCAGCAUAAUCAUGGCUUGCAGAAUAAUCAUGUUCUAAAGUGGUAUCAUACUCAUUGUGUCGUGUUACACAAGUAUGAUCUAUUUUCCAAUCAACUGCUACACAUUGUCUGUGAUGAAUGUAGAUUAGGUGAAAUAAUUGUGUUUCCAAUUUGCUUGCAUCCUUCUUGCUGCAUUACUUCUGGAUUAGACCCAUGAAGAUCCUUGGUAAGAUAGGUCUUCAGCAACCCACUCUUGACGUAAAAGGCGACUAUGCUAGUCGUAAGAGGCGACUAACGUGAUCGCGUGGUCAGACUCGCUGACUUGGUUGAUGCAUGUCAUCGUAUCCCUAUAGCAUGGAAAGAUGGUCAUUGUGUUAAUCACUGGAUUACUUGUCCAGACUCGAUUAUUUAUUUACAGACCGCCGUCACAUAGCUGGAAUUUUGCUGAGUGCGGCGUUAAACAGAAAACAAACAAACAAACUUCUGGAUUAUUGAAACUGAAGCUCACCUGUUGAAAUUGUGGGCAUUUUCAUGAUCAAUGUCAUUAAAAUCCGAUCUGUCACGCAGAUACGUCACCUCUCUGCAUGACAAUCUGACAAACCCUCCAUUGAGGCCCUUAAUAAACUCUAAGGUUGCUAAAUUCGUAGUACAAGCGAACAAAGCAUUCAGAGAAGCAUGUCUGAUUUCUCCAUAACAAAUGUAAGUGGGCAGUUCAGAAUUUAAAAGAAUAAAGGCCAUGCUAACAUAUUGUUGUGGACAUGGAGGGUGUACAAUGGAGGGAAUAUUUGUGUUCUGUGUAGGUUUCUUUUAUUAAUAUCAAAAUUUCUGAGUCAUGAUGGUAAAGAAAGGAAACAAUUGUUUUUUAAGUCUGGCACCUGAUUCGCUCUAGAGUCUACACAUCUCUCAUUUAGAUUGUGUGGUCAAAGUUCCUGUGUACAAUCUCAUUAAAAUCAGAUCUUAGUUCUCGCUACCGCUAAACAAAGAUCUUAAGACAUCCCAUUAGGGGUCAUGUCAAAACGACCUUUCAUCCGACCAAUCAGAGCGUCGCAAACCAGAUC